AUGACCACUCUGGAUAUUCCUGACGCGUACGCCCCUCAUCAUGAGUGCAUAUCAACAUCAACGUCCAUCACAGAAACUGCAGUUGAUCCAGAAGAAACUGUUGAACCUUCUGUCCCCAAAGACUUUCCAACAACGAUUCCUCCACAGCACGAUUCAUGUACUUUGGUUCUCUGCUUUGACGGUACUGGGGACCAGUUCCAUGCUGAUAAUUCAAAUAUCGUACAACUCUGUUCAUUGCUGAGAAAAGAUGACCGCUCACAGCAAAUGGUUUAUUAUCAGGCAGGAAUUGGUACCUACACACCGACUCAAAUUCCCGGCCUUCUCACAUUGAAAGUAUACAAGACCAUUGAUUUAAUGAUAGUGUGUAGUCUGGAUGUUCAUAUCAUGGAUGGUUAUCAAUUCUUAAUGCAAAAUUAUCAUGCUGGUGACCGCAUAUGUAUCUUUGGCUUCUCACGUGGUGUGUACACUGCUAGAAGUCUCGCAGGGAUGAUUCACAAAGUAGGCCUGCUUGCACCAGAUAAUUGGCAACAAAUUCCCUUUGCAUACAAGAUGUACACCCGGAAGGAUCCUGUUGGUUGGAACCAAUCCAAGGCUUUCAAAAAAGCGUUUUGCAUGGAUGUUCCAAUCGAGUUCAUAGGGGUAUGGGACACCAUUGAUUCUGUAGGGCUCAUUCCUAAACAAUUACCCUUUACAGUCUCCAAUACAAUUAUUCGGACCUUCCACCACACAGUCUCAUUGGAUGAGCAUCGAGCAAAGUUCAAAGCAAACUUAUGGCAUUGGAUGAUGCACAGAGAGAUGGAGCUGGCAAUGGAGUCUGGGAUUGAAUGGCAUCCGGAUAAUGGGAGGUCAACUGAUGUUGAGGAAGUAUGGUUUGCAGGAUGUCAUUGCGAUGUAGGGGGAGGUUCCAUGAAGAACUCAAUGCGCUAUUCUUUGGCACGAAUUACAUUGCAAUGGAUGAUUCGAGAGUGCUUCAAAGUGGAAACAGGAAUCAUGUUCGAUUCUGAUCACCUCAGAGAAAUAGGCAUCGAUCCUGCAACCUUGUAUCCUUCCGUUAAGCCACGACCACAAGCACUGUCAGUGAGGUCUGCUAUGAUACAAAACGAACCAAAGAAUAAACCACUCUUCAAGAGGAUCCUAUCUACAUUCUGGCGCCACCCUCUAACACUGCCUGAUGCUCCUGACAAGCAUCAAACCCUAGCUCCUGAAGCUCCGAGUGUUUCAAUGAAUGAUGAACAGUGCCUGCCAAUCGGGACAGAGGAGGAGGAGGAACUUCGCAAUGCACUGUCUCCCAUAUAUGACCAGCUCAAACGUUCGAAGUUUUGGUGGAUUCUCGAGUUACUGCCGAUAGAAUUCAUACAACAGAUGGUGAAUGACAAGUGGGUCAGGGUGUCCUGCAUAAACCUUGGCCGGCCUCGAGAGAUCCCAAAUUCAUCCAGUAGAGUUAAAGUCCACCGCAGUGUUCGAAUGCGGAUGGAGGCUGUACAUGAGCAUAACAUCGGAAAUAAGUAUGAACCGAAGGCUCAUUUCAAAAAUCCAAUAUGGAUAGAUGACGAUUAA